AUGACAAUCUCGAGCUCUUCCCUUGAAAAUCUCCCAGAAGAGCUUCUUGCUCAAAUACUCGAUCACAGUACCCUGGAAGAGUACGAAUAUGUCGCUCGUAAUGACAGAUAUCGGGUCAGACGUGACUACGGUGACCUCAGGUCAUUGUCUCUUGUAUCUCGGCGUUUUCACCGAUUGAUAACGCCUUACUUGUUCGAAGGAAUCGCCUUGCACGAUGGCAAUCCGUAUGGAUCCAGGAAGAGGUACAGCAUUGUACCCCCCAUGCCGCCGGGCGCUAGCUUUGCACAAGAAAUAAUCUUCGAUGAUGAUGCGGAAACAACAGAUGAAGACUAUCGAGUCGCCAAUGACUUAAUAUCAUGGCUGGGACAAACUCGAUCUCUCCGGCUCUAUGGUGGAUUCCCCGCCGAGGGAGGGUACACCGGGCGCCGGGCAGAUACCCUGAAAUUGAUCUCCAUUGCGAACCGGAGUAUGACCAACCUAAAGGAACUUUUGCUUUAUAUGGAAAAUGAUACCACCGAGGGCUUGUCUCUUGCAGAAGCGAUGGCAUACAUCAACUUUCCUUCACUGGAGAUCCUAACCAUGAUCGGUAAUGGGCAUUCCAAAAAUUGGCCCGCCCCUCAAAUGCUCAACUCAAAGAAACCUCACACAGCACCAUUCACCUCCUUGACAAUGACUUAUUGCCAAGACAGCGUCGAGGCAAUCGAGAAAUUUGUCUCCUGGCCCCAGAAUCUUAUCGAUUUCACCAUCAACACCUCAAGGAAUGAAGAGGUCACCCAUCUGAGUCUAAUGGACGCACAAGGCUGGCUAUUAAACUACAAAGAGACUCUGAAAUAUGUCUACAUCGAUGUACUCGGCCACAAUCAAGGAAUCCAAGACUUCGACGCCUCAGUCUUUCCCCGGCUGGAAAGUCUCACCCUUUCCCGCACCCAACUCAACGACGACGUUGACGAUGGUGUACCAAACGAUCUACGCUGGGAAGCUUCCCAUCCCGACCGCUUAUUACCACCAAAGAUCAAGACAUUUGGCAUGUCGUUUGGAAUCCUGGGAUGCUGUCUGAUCAAUAAUUUCGGCGACAAGGAGGUCAACUGGCUUCGGCAGCUCGGCCAGGCCGCAGCGAGUCGACAAUCCUCACUAGAGACGAUUGACAUCCUGUUCGAACCGUGGUGUGCGUACCCGCACAAAUACGGCAACUACCCACAAGAUGACGGAUACCCAUGGGAUCGAAUGAGUGAUUUGGCUGAUGAGCUGGCCGAAUGCGGAAUCUACCUGACGUAUACCCCUUCUCCAUGGCCGAAGGAAGAAUGGGAGGCGACGAUGGCCCACUGGCGAAAUGCAAGUGCAGCAGACUGGUGGACUCACCAGAUCGCCCACGAAGGACCGUAG